AUUUAUCUCAAAACUCUUCUUUUAAAAUCUUUAAUGCCUUAGAAAUAGAAUGUAUCCUUUUUGUUUUUCUUUUUUGGCAAUUUAAAUUUUCAAAUCCCAAACAAUCUCGCGAACCCUAAUUUCUAAAAUUCCGAAAUACGAAGAAGAAGAAAGCAAAUAAAUCAGCAAUAUGGAUUUCCCUGGAGGAGGAAACUGGAGUAUGAUCCCCAACAUCCCUAAUCUCACCAAUUCCUCUAAUCUUUCACAAGAAUCCAUCUUUCUCCAACAGCAACAAUUUUCUCUUCAACAUCAGCAGCAGCAGCAGCAGCAGCAACAGCAGCAGCAGCAAGCAUUUCACCACCAACAACAGCAAUUUCAGCCCCAAAUCCAACCCCAACAGCAAUUCCAGCAGCAACAGCUCUCCCCUCAAUUUCAACAGCAACAACCCUCCCCUCAAAUCCAGCCCCAACAACAACCCUCCCCUCAAUUUCAACAGCAAUUGCAAACCCAACAUUUCCCCCAGCAGCAGCAGCAGCAGCAGCAGCAGCAACAGCAAUAUCAUUUUCAACAACAACAGCAGCAGCAGCGGCUUCUUCAACAGCAACAGCAGCAACAACAGCAACAGCAACAGCAGCAGCAACAACAGCAACAGCAACAGCAACAGCAGCAGCAGCAGCAAUAUCAUCAGCACCAAUCUCUAGCUUCCCAUUUUCAUCUACUUCAUCUUGUGGAGAAAUUAGCGGAUGCAAUCGAGAACGGAACUAGAGAUCAGCAAUCUGAUGCAUUGGUUAAUGAUCUAAAUAACCACUUUGAGAAGUGCCGGCAGCUGUUGAACUCAAUAUCUGGAUCACUCAGCUCGAAAGCUAUGACAGUAGAGGGGCAGAAGAAAAAGCUAGAAGAACAUGAGCAGUUGUUAAGUCAUCGAAGGGAAUUGAUUGGGAAAUAUAAGAACUCUGUUGAAGAGCUUGUCAAGGGCGAGCCCUAGCUAUUUUGCUCCCAUUCUGCAUUAGGCAUGGCUAGCAUCAUGUUCCCAUUUUCAAGUGAUGUCAAAAUUACUUUUCACCGAUUCGCACAACUCCAUGGAGAGAUUCUUAUACCUAAUCUGCUUGCCCAUGCAUUUCCUAACCAUAAUGAUGUUGAAUGGAACCCUUUCUGUACUUCAGUGCUAUGGGGCACCACUUUUUCUGGAAAUUCAUUUACCUCUCGUUUAACUUGUACAGUUAUUCCAACAGCUUACACUUUUAACUCCUUUUUUUGCGACAAUAUGUGGUUUGAAAAUAUUGAACAUCUAACUUCAUUUUUUUUUUUAAUACAAGUACAAUACUUGUUGAGUAGAGUGAGAA